AUGGCUAAAAGAACUCUAGGUCUAGGUAAAGCUGCUAAGCAACGUAAGAAGCAAAAGACAGAAACUCCAGAAUCUGAAGCACCAGCUGCUGAAGAAGAAGCUAUCCCACAACCAAAGUCAAACGAAAUUACUGUUGAGCUGAACGAGGAAGUGGAUCCGGAUGAUGAACUAGCCCAAUUGAAAGCUCUUUGGAACACAUAUAUCAAUUAUGAAAGAGAUAAUGAGCUAGUCUUGAAUGGUAUAGUUCAUGAAUGUGACAGAUUGUUAAGAAACCAACAACAAGAUAAUAAAUUACCUGCUGAAUUUCAUUCAAUUUAUGCUGUUGCCCUAAGUGAAUUGGCCGUCUUCCACACUGAUGAUGAAGUUGAUGGUAAAUCAAUCAAGGAUUAUUUCGAAGCUGCUUUGGAACGUGUUGAUUUGGGUCAAGACCACUACCCAGACUCUAUCGAGUUGAAAUUUGCUAAAAGUCGUAUUUUGAUAAGUAGAAUCCCAUUAGAAUACAUUUCACAAUUAGACUUGAAUUCAAAAGAUGAUUUGAAACUAAACCAAUUAUUGGAUGAAGCCACAAAGAACUAUGAAGAAGCUGAGGAAUCUGUUAAAUUAUUAGAAAAUUAUGCAUUGUUAGAUAUUAAUGUUUUUGAAAUUUUAAAAGCUUUAGAUGAUUUAUUAGAUAUUGUUCAAAAUUUUGGGAAGAAAGAUAUAGCUGAAGGUUUGGAUAGUGAUGAUGAAUAUGAAGGUGAAGAAAAAGAAGUUGAAUUAUCUAAGAAGCAUCCAUUAUAUAAGAUUCGUAAGAAUCAUGAAAAAUAUUUUGAUUGGUUAAUCAAGCAUGGUUCAAAUUUCGUUUCAGAAAGACAAAAACUUGAGUUUUACAAAUCUGUUUCGGCGCAAAUUGGUCAAUUAUUCUUACAAGCUGCAGAAAAACCUUCCCAUAUCUUUACAGCCAUUACAUAUGAUUCAGAUGUUGAAGAUGACAUUGAAAUGGAUGGUCUUUCUGCCAAAGAAGCACGAAAGCAAGCCAUCAAGUAUACCAAACAAGCUGUUGAAUUUUUCAAGAAGGCUGAAGAUGAAGAAGAUCCUCAAACUUGGGUUGAUGUUGCUGAAGCCAUUAUAAGUUUAGGUAAUCUUUAUGAUUAUGAAAGUGAAGAACAAGAAGAUGCUUAUAAGCAAGCCGAAAGAAAAUUGAGAAGAGCCAAUAACGCCACCAAUGGUAAAUAUCAAAAAGUACUCGAAAACUUGUUAGACAAUGAUGAAUAG